GGCCCCGGCCCGGACCUUCCUGAUCUCGUCCCAUCCUUGCGGGUCUCCUCCCGGUCUGACCGGUUGCCUGGCCUUGUAUGCAGCUCCAAGCUUCCAAAGCUGAAGGAUUCCCUCCAGUCCCGGCUCACUGUCACUUUAGAGAUGUUCUGCUUCCUCGCUCCCGAACAGCCCACCUUCCAAAGUGCGACUCCUUCCCCUCUACCCAGAGUCUUCCCUCCAACCCACUUCAGACCUUGGUUCUCCCUUGGUUAGGCGUUCACAUCCCUUCCAAAUUAACCCCGACUUUCCUAAUAUUGGCAACCUUCGCACCGCCUUCCCUGAAGAGCCAGCCCUCCUUUUAUCCCGAACUCCACAGCCCUAUCAUGGAGGCUGUGUUCCUGGUGGUGAACGCAGUGGGCCUGGUGCUGGACUUGCUGAUCUUGAUGUUGGAUCUCAACUUCCUGCUGGUGUCUUCCCUCUUGGCUACCUUGGCCUGGCUUUUGGCCUUCAUCUACAACCUGCCACACACGGUACUGACUAGUCUUCUGCACUUGGGUAGAGGAGUGCUGCUUUCUUUGUUGGCCUUGGUUGAAGCGUUGGUCCGAUUUACCUUUGGGGGAUUGCAGGCCGUGUGUACUUUCCUUUAUAGCUGCUACUCUGGCUUGGAGAGCUUAAAACUACUAGGGCACUUGGCCUCUCAUGGAGCUCUGAGGAGCCGGGAACUACUGAACAGGGGCAUCCUGAACAUGGUCUCCAAUGGCCAUGCUUUGCUGCGCCAGGCCUGUGACAUCUGUGCCAUCGCCAUGAGCCUGGUGGCCUAUGUGAUCAACAGUCUGGUCAACAUCUGCCUCAUUGGCACUCAGAACCUCUUCUCCCUGGUGUUGGCCCUAUGGGAUGCCGUGGUGGGACCUCUGUGGAGGAUGACAGACGUGCUGGCUGCUUUCCUUGCUCACAUUUCCAGCAGUGCAGUGGCCAUGGCCAUUCUCCUGUGGACCCCCUGUCAACUAGUACUGGAGCUGCUGGCCUCAGCUGUCCGCUUCCUGGCCAGCUUUGUUCUCUUCCACCUCACUGGUUUGGUGUUGUUGGCCUGUGUGCUGGCAGUGACCUUGGCUGUGUUGCACCCAGACUUUACCUUGAGGCUGGCCGCCCGAGCCCUCCGUCAGCUCCAUGCCCGGCAGUCCUACCACCGACUUCGAGAGGAUGUUGUGCGGGUAUCUCGUCUUGCACUGGGUCUGGAGGCCUGGCGCAGAGUCUGGAGCCGAAGUCUACAGCUGGCCAGCUGGCCAAAUCGGGGAGCAGCACCAGGAGCUCCCCAAGGUGGCCCCAGGAGGUUGUUCUCAGCCAGGAUCCAGGGACAAGACACUCUUCCUGAAGCAGAAGAGGAGGAUGCUAGGCCCACCAGAGCAGCCCCUGCUAGAGGCCGAGAGAGACUCAAUGAGGAUGAGCCCACAGCUGGGCAAGACCCAUGGAAGUUGCUGAAGGAACAAGAGGAGAGGAAGAAGUGUGUUAUUUGCCAGGACCAAAGCAAGACUGUCCUGCUUCUGCCCUGCCGGCACCUGUGCCUGUGCCAGGCCUGCACUGAGAUCCUCAUGCGCCACCCUGUCUACCACCGCAACUGCCCACUCUGCCGCCGAGGCAUCUUGCAGACCCUCAAUGUUUACCUCUGAUGACCCCCUCCCUGCCUGUGCUCCACAGAUUAGGACAGCAUCAACAUUUUGCCUCUGGGUUUUGGCACGAGUCUUCUUUGCCCCAACAUGAUGGCGACUCUGUCAAGCCUCAAGCCAUAUACCCAGGACAUGUAGCUGGAAUAUUCUGGGUGGGGCAGGGUAACAAUUUCUCUGAACCCUGCAUGGGGGCCCUAUGUUGUCGAGGGUGGUGAGUAUGUCACUAUGCAAGGGCCCUGAGACUAUGGUGGGUCUUCCUCAGUCCUGCCCAGGGCCCAUCUAGAUACCUUCAUUGCUUCUGGCUUUUCUGUUGGGGUUUUCAGUCCUUUUCCCCUAAGGCCACACAUCAGUGUCAUGUGAGGAUUUUGGCAACUCUUGGGCCUUGGAGUGAUCUUAAUUUUUCUAUUUUUUUGGUUUUUCUUGUUUUGGAAUGAUCUUGAAUCUUUAUACUCAGCCAGAGCCUCUGCCCUGAUGGGUCUGGGAGUAGAAUCCCGUAGGUGCCCUUAGAGCCACUUCUGCCUGUCAUUGUCUUUUAAAGACUCCCAACUUGACUCAGAACCUGGGGUCAGGAGUUUAUCCCUGGGUACAGGAGUGCAGCUAAACUUGGCUUUGGGACCAUUUACUCUCAGGCAUCCCAGCUCCAGGAGGAGCCUCAGAAGGAAUAACUAGAUUUCUGCUCAUUCCUCUCACGCCCCAUGUGUCGUAGAACAUGUCAUUCCUCCUGGUCUCUCUGGCGUUGGGGAGGGCAUUCUGCACAUUUCACUAGGGUCCAAACAAGGGGCGAGGCCUCGGGGCUCGCAGCUCCAUUAGGUCUGCCCACACAGUUUCUAUGAAUAAAGUUCUGUUGACAGCUCUAA